AUGUCGUCCGCUACUCUGCUCUCUUCCCUAGCCAAGUUCUCUACUUGCGAGAUUUCUGACGCGCUCAUCAAAAUUGGAUUUCCCCAUGGCGGACACAUCCCGGAUAUUCACAUGUUCUCGCCGCAGUCUAGCGGUUCAGAUGUGCGUGUCUGUGGGCCCGCAUACACUGUCCAGAUGGUCCUCGCAUCCGACGAGACUGCCCCCAAGCCUGCAGCCCACUACGUGGAUGCCGCACCAGAAGGCUCUGUGAUAGUCAUCGAUGCUCCCCCAGAGACGAAGAAUGCAGUCUGGGGUGGUCUCAUGACGGCAGGUGCCAAAGCUCGCGGCGCUCUAGGUGUGAUUAUCUCAGGUCGCUGUCGAGACCUCGCAGAGCACCGCAGCGCUGGCUUCCCCGUGUUUGCACGAGGUCAUUCUACUCUUGGCCAGUCUCCCUUCACGCGACCGUCGGCGCUCAACGUCGCUCUCACAAUUGCGCCGCAGCUGACAUUGGAAAAUGCGGACGCAUUCGCCGCAGUUCGGAUCGAACCAGGCGACUACAUGGUCGCGGACGAGGAUGGCGUUGUUUGUGUGCCUCGGGGAGUUGCCGAUAAGGUACUACAGUUGGCUCAGAAAGGCAGGGAAGUCGACAGCAGGUGCAUGGAGGACAUCAUGGCGGGUUCUGGUGUUCAGGAGGCAUUUAGGAAACACAGAGGGAAGCUCUGA